GAACAAAUGUUUGCAUUCGCGGUUGGGGAUGAUGCCUUCCACGCCAUGAAAUGAGUCUCGCAAGACCCGUUUCGCGCCUCUUCUCGAGCUCCGCAGCCGCUCGACAGCCGCAGCGAUUCACCAAAAACUCCUCUUCACCGAUCGGCCCCAUUGAAGAACUCCACGCACGCCUCAUCAGAACCCAACGCCACACCGACCCAUCUGCUGUAUCCGACGUCAUCCGAUCAUACGCGUCGUCUCCACUCUACCUGCACCGAGCUUGCCUUGCUUUCGACUCCAUUGAACGGCCCACCUCCGCGGUUUUCAAUUUUAUGAUUCGUGGGUUGUCACAGAGCGACGGCCCUGUUAGAGCAUUGGACCUGUAUCGCACAAUGCAUCUCCAGGGGGUGAGCGCGAACCAUUUGACCUUCAUAUUUGUUUUCAAGGCCUGUGCUCGUGUCUGUGAUGUUGGGCACGGUCAAGUGGUCCAUGUCCGUGCGUUGAAAUGCGGGUUCGGUACGCACGUUUUCGUUUCGAAUGCUCUGCUACAUAUGUACGCAUGCUGCAGCGAUCUGGUGUCUGCACAGAAAGUGUUUGAUCAAAUGGAGGAAAGAGACUUGAUUUCUUGGAACUCCCUGAUCUGCGGUUAUAGUCAGUGUGGUGCAUUUAGGGACGUUUUGAGACUAUUUGAUGCAAUGCAGGUUGCUAAUGUGACGGUGGAUGCCGUGACAAUGGUGAAAGUUGUCUUGGCUUGCAUUUAUUUAGGGGAGUCGGAAUUCGCAGAUCAUGUGGCGAAGUACAUUGAGGAAAACCAUGUCCUUGUUGAUGUUUAUUUAGGAAAUACUUUAAUAGAUAUGUAUGGACGGCGUGGUUUGGUGGAGUUGGCACGGCAACUGUUUGAUUGCAUGCGCGAGAGGAACUUGGUUUCGUGGAAUGCAAUGAUCCGGGGAUAUGCAAAAGCGGGAGACUUAGCUGGAGCCCACAGACUUUUUGACGAAAUGCCCAAGAGGGAUGUUAUCUCGUGGACUUCUAUGAUCACAGGUUAUGCUCAAGCUAACAACUUUGCGAUGGCAGUGAAGCUUUUCCAAGAAAUGAUGGUGGCUAAUGUGAAACCAGAUGAAGUUACAGUAGCUAGCGUGUUGUCUGCUUGCGCCCAUUUAGGCUCGCUUGACAUUGGGAAGGCUGUUCAUAACUACAUAAUUGAGCAUGGUGUGAAAAUAGACACUUAUGUAGGGAACUCUCUCAUAGAUAUGUAUUGCAAAUGCGGAUCAGUUGAAAAGGCGCUUGAGUUGUUUAAACAAAUGAAGGAGAAGGACACAGUCUCGUGGACUUCUGUGAUUUCAGGCCUUGCUGUGAAUGGUUUUGCCAAUUCUGCACUGAAGCUUUUCUCAGAAAUGUUAAGUGAAAGAAUUAAACCUACUCAUGGAACCUUUGUUGGGGUUUUACUGGCAUGUGCUCAUGCUGGACUGGUAGAGGAAGGACUAUCAUUCUUGAAGAGUAUGGAAGAUGUUCAUGGACUCGCCCCAGAGAUGAAACACUAUGGUUGUGUUGUGGAUCUUUUGAGCCGCUCCGGCGAUGUUGAUAGGGCGUAUGAAUUUAUAACAAAAAUGCCCUUCUCUCCUGAUGUUGUAGUUUGGAGGAUACUAUUAAGUUCUUGCAAGCUUCACGGCAAUGUGGUAUUGGCUGAAAUUGCAACAAAAAAGCUUCUUGAAUUGGAUCCUUGUAAUAGUGGAAACUAUGUACUCCUGUCAAAUACUUACGCAAGUUCCCACAGAUGGGAUGAUGCGUCCAAUGUGAGAGAACUGAUGGAGGAGACCGAUGUGCCGAAACCAUUUGGUUGGAGUACAAUCGAAUCUAAUGGAUUACCACCACAUAGCUCUCGGGAUCAUAUUCCUGUUGAUCCCACCAACACCAGGCAUCCAAUAAAGGAAUUAGGACUUUCAUAAUCCAGCAUUGCAUGAGGGAAGUGAUCUUUACAAUUGAAGUGGCAAGAGGAACUCAAUUUACUAAGUAGUCGCAUCUAUGGGUAAGAGUGGCACUGCAACGAAGUUUAUCUGCUUAUGGCAUGCUGAGUGUCUGUGUACUGGGAUGUACAUGAUGUUACCUUCUCCCAAGCAACUUCUCAGCCGCUGUUUCAAAUGAGCUUAAAUUCAGAUGUUCUCAACUUUGAUGAACUCUCUGUGGUGGCCAUGUAUAUAAGGAGUGAACUCAUGCUUCCUAGUGCCGUUUUGGGCUGCUACGCGCUGGAGAUGGUCGUCUACUCUCAGUAAUUACUAAGAGCGAUUGGUGAGUGUCACUAGCCAGUGAAGCUCAUUUAGUCAAAGCAAGCAGACACCUCCCUGUAAAGUGAAAUCGCUAGCUUAGUGAAAGAUUCAUCGGAUUCAGAAUGUGCAGUUGAGCACUGCUGACGAAGAGUUCAGCUAGUCAUAAGCUAUCCGAUUUCCGGCUUUAAGAGAACUAAGUUCCCGUUAGCUUUAUGGUUGAAUCAGCAAAAAUCAGAGUGGAAGCUGUUCAUAAUAGCCUUCGUAGCAGCUCAAAAUUCUUUAGUGUGCUCGCCUUUUUAAUGGAAGUUGGGAACCAUAUGAAACAUGAUCAGAGGCAGCAUUUUUUUUUCUUUCUGAUUGACGUAUAGAUGAUGGCUGAUAUCUGUUAGGGGCCUAGGGCCAACCGGCCAAUUAGCAAAUAGGACCAAAAACCUGUCAUGACAGAAGUUACAUGCGUUUGAAUAUUUU